CCCAUCUUUCUUCUCGAUCGUACGAGCCGAGCGAGCGAGGCCCCAAAUUAAGGAUCGUCGAUGGAGCAGCUCCGGCAGGUGGGCGAGGCCCUCGGCGGCAUCGCCGCGCUCAUGGCGUUCCACCACGAGCUCCGCGUCAACCCGCGCCAGUGCCGCCUCCUCGCCGACGCCUGCGAGCUGGCCUUCGACGCCGUCGCCGCCGAGGUGCGCGCCUGCCUCCGAUUCGACGACCGCCUCGCCGGCCGGUGGAAGCCCCUCGAGUCCCCGCUGCGCGAGCUCUGCCGCGCCGUCCGCGACGCCGAGCACUACAUCCGCCUCUGCUUCGGGGACCUGCACGCGGGAGGCGGCGGCGGGAGCUGGUGGGCGCGCGCGGCCGCGCUCACGCACGGCGUCGAGUCCGUCGAGCUGCACCUCCACGGCCUCCUCUGGUGCGUUGCCGUCGUGCUCGAGGCCGUCGAGGUCGUCGCCGAGGCCACCGCGGCGCUCAACCCCGACGAGCUGGCGCGGCGGCGCGUGCUCUUCGCCAGGGACUACGACAAGGACCUCCUCGAUCCGGCGCUGUUCCGGCGGAGCAGGGUGGGCAGGGCGUACCUGGCCACGCAGGAGCUCGCCGCCCGGAUGGACACGGCGUGGGCGGAGGACAGGUGGCUCCUCUCGCAGCUGCUCGACGAGAUGAGAUCCAGGCCGUUGUCGCGGCAGGAGCACCGGAUCGCGGACCUCCUGGCCGCGCCGCGCGGGGAGCCGCACCCGGCGUCCGCGCUCCUCCUCGGCGACUUCCACAUGCGGCGGCGCCUCGGCGGAAGCCUGAAGGAGGUGCAGUGGAUGGGGGAGGCCUUCGCCGUGAAGCACUACGUCGGGGUGGACGCCGACGACGCCGCGGUCGGCGCCGAGGCCGCGCUGCUCACGUCGGUGGCGCACCCGAACGUGGCGCACUGCCGGUACCGCUUCCGCGACGAGGAGAAGCGGGAGGCGUACCUCGUCAUGGACCAGAUCAUGAGCAAGGACCUCGGGAGCUUCUUCAAGGAGGCGAGCGGCAGCGCCAAGCGGCCGCGCGCGCAGCUCCCGCUCGUCGUCGUCGUGGACGCCAUGCUGCAGAUCGCGCGCGGCAUGGAGCACCUCCACUCCAGGAAGAUCUACCACGGCGAGCUCAACCCGUCCAACGUGCUCGUCAAGACGCGUGGCGGCGCCCCCGACGCGUACCUGGUCGUCAAGGUCGCCGGGUUCGCCGGCGACCCCGCCGCAGCCGCCGUGGUCAGCCCCGGCCGGAAGGCGUCGCACGCCGCCGCCGCCGGCGCAAACGCAAACGCCAAUGCCAGUGGGCAAAAUGGCAGCGUCAACCCCUGCAUCUGGUACGCGCCGGAGGUGCUGGAGAACGACGAGCCCGGGCAGGCGGCGGCGAGGCGUACGGAGAAGGCGGACGUGUACAGCUUCGGCAUGAUCAGCUUCGAGCUGCUGACCGGCAAGAUCCCGUUCGAGGACAACCACCUGCAGGGCGACAACAUGAGCAAGAACAUCCGCGCCGGCGAGAGGCCGCUGUUCCCGUUCCAGGCGCCCAAGUACCUCACCGGCCUCACCAGGCGCUGCUGGCACGGCGACCCGGCGCAGCGGCCGGCCUUCAGCACCAUCUGCCGCGUCCUCCGCUACGUCAAGCGGUUCCUCGUCAUGAACCCGGAGCAGCACGGCGGCCAGGCGGACGCGUCGACGUCGACGCCAGCGCCGCCGCCGACGCCGACACCGGCGGUGGACUACCUGGACAUCGAGGCGCUGCUGCAGAAGAAGCUCCCGGCGUGGCAGCGGCGGCAGGGGGACGCGGCGGCGCCGCGCGUGGCCGACGUGCCGUUCGAGAUGUACGCGUACAGGGUGUUGGAGAGGGAGAGGGGCAAGGCGGCGGUCCUGCACAUCGGCAGGGGCUCCGACUCCGGCAGCGAGGCCAACUCGCUGUGCGGCGACGAGGGCGUGCACAGCAGCGCGACGGUGCCGGACGUCGUAGUCGAGACGGUCCCGACGUCGAGCCCGCGCGCCAAGACGUGGGCACGGUCGCCGUCCUCCAAGAGCAGCGGCAGCGGCGGCAGCAGGUUGGCGCCGUCGGUGUCCUCGCCGCGCAAGCCGGCCGGCAGGGUCGCCGCGGCCAAAGCAGGGUCGCCGCAGAAGUCGAGGUCGAUAGGGGUGGUCCGGCAAGCGGCGCCGCCGCAGCAGGUCGGAGCCCUACGACGGACGCCGAGGAUAAUGUCCGACGGGCAGCUGCAGGCCGCCGUGAUCCCACAAUCCCGGCGGCGCGUGGCCGGGGGUCACGCUUCAGACUCCGAGCUAGGCUAGAAACGAAAAUGCAAGCUUGUAUUUUCUGAUGAUACUGCUCAGUAGGGAGCGAAGAUGCAACUUAGCCAGAAGUAGAAUUUUCAUAAAUAAAUUUAGUUAUGUGGAAUAUCA